AUGGUCACACGGACACAAUUAAUUUCGGCGAUGUUAUCAAUAGAUAACAUUGAUGAUAACAUAUACAGAUCUGAGGGGCCACACAUUGGCGGAAUAGUUGGUCCCAACCGACUAUUCGGGGGAUACAUAGCUGCUCAAGUAUAUGAAGCUGUCCGAAACUACAAAAACAAAAACAACGACAAAAAUGUUAUAUUCAGCAUGCAUUAUAACUUCGUGUCUGCAGGAAAUCCAAGGAAACUAAUUGACAUCAAAAUUAGUCAAGUCGAGAAGAUUUAUGCAGUCGAGGUUUACCAUGAAAACAAAAGUAUCGGAUUAGCACAUGUCAAGACAGACAACACAUUUCUCAAAAAACCACCUUAUCCUGCGAAUGCUCCUGCUUUCUUGAAUAUACCAAGUAUGGAAACAAUAAUAGCAACAUUACCAUCAAACAAACUGAGAACGGAGUUCGAAUUCUUCUUGAAGCAUUUUGUUUUCGAGUUACGACCAGUCCACUUCAUGUUUUCUCCAGGUCCCGGAGAUCAUCGCGUUAUGUAUUAUGCUCGUAUCUCUCCGGAGUGCGUUGACUAUAUAAGGGAAGACGGAGGGAUGGUGGCAGUUGUAGCGCUUUCUGACUUCUUCGUACUACAAUCUGUUACGAAUGCAAUUAAAGAAGCGGGGAUGAAAAUGACAACUGGAGCUUCUCUUCAUCAUAAACUAUAUUUUCAUCAGGAGAAAGUGGAGGCUAGCCAGUGGUUCCUGGUAGAGACGAGAACGGAAAUCGCAACUGGAAACAAAGCAAAAAUAUUCGGUGGAGUCUUCGACAGCAACAAGGAAUGCAUUGUUUCAUUUAUACAAGAAGCAUAUGUUGUACCUGGAGCGCAGCCAUUGGAAUCUAAACUUUGA